AGCGCCGACCUGACCACACUCCGUUUCCAUCCUCCGACACCAGCGAUGGCCGGGAAAUCGCCGCCGGCUAACAUUCCGGCGUUCUCCAUCCAGCGCUUGCUUCUCGCUCUCGCUUUCCUCACUCUCAUCACCUUCACCUUCCUCUCGCUCAGAUCUCUCCGCUCUUCUCCCCAACUCCCUUCCCGCUUCGCAGAUCCCUCCACGCCAUUGCCGUUAUCAUUGGCCUAUCACUCGCCGGAGGUCUUUAAGCUGAACUACGCCGAGAUGGAGAAGAGGUUCAAGGUAUUCAUAUACCCGGAUGGGGAUCCGAGCACGUUUUACCAGACGCCGAGGAAGAUGACGGGGAAGUAUGCGAGCGAGGGGUACUUUUUCCAGAACAUCCGGGAGAGCCGAUUCAGGACGGAGGAUCCUGAUGAAGCGCACCUGUUCUUCAUCCCAAUCUCGUGCCACAAGAUGCGGGGAAAGGGCACAUCAUAUGAGAACAUGACUAUUAUUGUUCAGGAUUAUGUUGAAGGCUUGAUAAAAAAAUACCCUUAUUGGAAUAGGACCUUGGGUGCAGAUCAUUUUGUGGUCACCUGCCAUGAUGUUGGUGUGCGGGCAUUCGAAGGACUUCCUUUUCUCAUAAAAAAUUCCAUUCGUGUUGUCUGUUCUCCGAGCUAUGACGUGGGGUAUAUCCCACACAAGGAUGUUGCUCUUCCUCAAGUACUGCAACCAUUUCCACUUCCUGCUGGAGGAAAUGAUAUUGAGAACAGGACAAUACUUGGAUUUUGGGCUGGCCAUAGGAAUUCUAAGAUAAGAGUUAUUUUAGCUCGUGUAUGGGAGAAUGAUACAGAACUGGCUAUCAGCAACAACCGCAUAAACAGAGCCAUUGGGGAAUUGGUUUAUCAGAAGCAAUUUUAUAGGACUAAAUUCUGCAUUUGUCCUGGUGGUUCCCAAGUUAAUAGUGCUCGCAUAUCUGAUUCCAUUCAUUAUGGUUGUAUUCCUGUGAUCCUGUCCAAUUAUUAUGACUUGCCUUUCAAUGACAUCCUUGACUGGAAAAAAUUCUCUGUCAUUCUCAAGGAAAGUGAUGUUUACAAUCUUAAAUCUAUUCUGAAGUCCAUUUUGAAUGAAGAAUUCAUAACGUUGCAUAAUAACUUGGUUGAGGUCCAAAAACACUUUGAAUGGCAUUCGCCGCCAAUUUCGUAUGAUGCUUUUCACAUGGUUAUGUACGAACUUUGGUUGCGACACAAUCUCAUCAAAUACUAGCUCAGUAGAAAAUACCAAAUGUAAACUAUUUUUCUGCACAAAGUCUGAGAUUAACAAGUUAGAGAAUGCUAAUCUUUGGUUUCUGCAGAUACUUUUGAUCCUCAUAAAUUCACAUUGUCCUUUAUACGUUUAUGUUGUAAAGUGCCAACAGCUUUUAGUUGUUUGCUUUUGCCAUUUAUGUUACUCAUGUAAGUUCUAUCCUUGUAAGAUUAUAUCAGUGAAAUUUAUAUCUCAAAUA